AAAGGGAAAGCUGAAAAAUAGUGAAGACUAUUAGAAAUUGGCCGAGAUGACGCUGUGGAAGUCUGUCCAUCCGACCUUGGAGAUCCCCACGGACAUCACAACAUGGGAAUGGGCUUUUGAGCAUCCGGCCUACUCCCCAGUGGCCCGGGCGGAACUACAGCAGCAGCAGCAGCAGCAGCAGGGCCUGGGAGACCAACAACACCAAGCAGCAGGGAGGAGCACCCUGCCAUCGCUAGGCCACUACACGGACGCGUUCACCAAGCAAACGCUCGACUUCGGCGAGGUCAAGAGCGCCGCGGCGCGGCUCAGCACGGCGCUGGCCCGCAGGUACGGCCUGCGGGCCGGCGAGACGGUCUCGCUCUUCAGCACAAACUCGAUCUGGUACCCCGUGGCCAUGUGGGCGACGGUCCGCGUGGGCGGGCGCGUCAACGGCGCCAGCCCGGCGUACACGGCCGACGAGAUGGCGCACGCGCUCGCGGUGGCGGGCACAAAGGUGCUCAUCACGCUGCCCGGCGCGACCCUGGACGUGGCGCUGCAGGCGGCGGAUCAGGUGGGGAUACCGAGGGAGAAGGUGUUGCUGCUUGAGGGCGAGCAGGACGGGUUUGUAAGUGUGCAGAGUCUGAUUAGGGAGGUUUCUUGUUCGUCGUCAUCGUCGUCGUCGUCGUCGCCAAAGGCAAGGAUCAACGAGGAGAAAGAGGAGGCGGAGGAGGAGGGCCCAGAGGCCGGGAUGGUGGACUACUACCGCAUCCCCCAAGGCAAGACGAACAAGCAGGUCUGUGGAUUCCUCAACUUCUCCUCUGGCACGACCGGCCUGCCCAAGGCGGUCAUGCUCUCGCACCACAACAUCAUCGCGCAGUGCCACCAGCUGCGGCAGCUGCAGGUUCUGCCAGUGGCAGAGGGCGGGCGGUACAAGAUCCUCGCCGUCAUGCCGCUCUUCCACAUCACGGGCCUGGUCCGGUUCUGCACGUACCCGGUGCUCAUGAACGGCUACUCGAUCAUGCUGCCCCGGUUCACCAUGGAGGCGAUGCUCGAGGCCAUCGUCGAGUACCGGGUCGAAGACCUCAUUCUCGUCCCGCCCAUCAUCACGCGGUUCGUGCGGGAUCCGCUGCUGGACGAGGACAACCUCGACGACGACGACGACAAGGAAAACAACAAGAAAAACAGGAGUGACGGAAAGAAGUAUCUGUCGCAGAUCCGUAGCAUCGUCAAGCGCUUCUCCUCGGGCUCCGCGCCCGUCAGCGACGAGGUCGUCCAGCAGCUCGGCCGCAAGUUCCCCGGCACCGGGUUCCGCCAGGGCUACGGCGCCACCGAGUCGACGGCGUGCAUAUCCGCGCACCCGAGCACGCACUUUGACUACAAGUACGCGGCCACGGGGGGAUUACUGGUCGCCAACACCGAGGCAAAGGUAGUCUCCCUCGACGAUCCCCCGGGCGUCAUGCUGGGCCCGGGGCAGACGGGCGAGAUCUGCGCGCGCGGGCCGCAGAUCGCCAUGGGGUAUCUGGGCAACGAGGCUGCCACAAGGGAGACGUUUGAUGACGAAGGGUUCCUGCAUACGGGGGAUGUUGGUUACAUCGAUGACGAAGGGCUGAUUCAUAUCGAGGACCGGAUCAAGGAGAUGAUCAAGGUCAAGGGCCAGCAGGUUGCGCCUGCGGAGCUCGAGGCCGUGCUGCUGGGCCAUGAGGGAGUCGAGGAUGUGGCCGUGGUCGGCGUCCCAGAGGACUAUUCGGGAGAGAGGCCAAAGGCUUUUGUGGUGUUGAAGAAGAGAACUGGGAAAGUGGCUGUGGUUGGUGGCAAGAGCAAGGAGGAAGAAGAAGCAAUGGGCAGGAAGCUGAUGGACCUGGUCAAAAACACCAAAGUCAAGUACAAGUGGCUCGCCGAGGUCGAGUUUGUGGAAGAGCUGCCCAAGAACCCCACGGGCAAGCUCCUGCGGAGAGUGCUCAAGGCCCGCGAGAGGGAUGUGAGUAGAGCGCGUGGGACGAGGGUGUUUGAGGAGAAGCCUAUCAGGGCAAAACUCUAGACGUAGACUGGUACCACAAUAUACUACAAGCCGUGUGGGUAGAGCACUUGUUGUUCUCA